AUGGACCGCCUAUCGAUGGACGUGGAGGAAUGCGAGAUGAACCCAAUGUAUGCGAAACGCCUCAUCAAACAGACGGCCGCCUACUACAUGCGAUCGGUCAAGAUUCGCCCCACUGCGACGACACCGACCACAGAGUACGAAGCGGUCAGCAACAAACGGCCGCUACCGGUAGACCUAUCUGACACUCUGUGUGACAUGGACAUUGAGAACGUGGAGAAUGUAGCGCAGAAUUUGACGCCUGCGCCGUCGCCCGUCAAGAAGGACUCGGUGGAGCGCUGGCUCAUGGACUGCAAUGCUGAGAAGGGGGUCGCCGAGGAGUGUGAGAAAGUGACCAAUCAGCAGGUGGCCAGUAGUGCAGCGUCACAAGCGGACCAAUUAUCGAUAUCAUCGAGAUGUUUCGACUUUCACCAGUCGACGAUGUCGAAGCUAACAGCGAAGUUGCCCCGCGAGCUUCCCGUCGCUGAUCGGUACAUUCCCGCGCGGGGAGGAGCCAGCUGGCAGACGAGGUUCUCACUCAUACCGGUGAGUAGAUG